UUGUAAAUUUGAAGUAGCUUAGAAGUUUGAGCGAGUUGUAGCACCAAACUGGUGCAGCCUUGUGUCGGGGUUACGAUGAUAAGCAAAAGCAUGCAAAGUGUGACAGGCUUCUUCGCACGAGAGUGGUUGGUUCAGUUAAUACGUCGAACACCUUGUGGAACUCUUACCUUGAAAUUGUUCUGUGCUCAAGCGACACAAAACCAGGAUUCCCUGUCUCGGAGAAUCGAGAGACUCCCCAAAGGAGAAUCCGUCGGCUCUGCUUUCCGCAGUUGGAUGAGAGAUGGCUUCCCCGUUCACGGCGGUGACGUCUUUCACUCCAUUAACCGACUCAGGAAGCUCAAAAAGAACAUACGUGCCCUUCAGGUGAUGGAAUGGGUAAUCAGGGAAAGACCCUACAGACCUAGGGAACUGGAUUACUCUUAUCUUGUUGAGUUUACAAUUAAGCUUCAUGGGAUUUCACAUGGUGAGAAGCUGUUCUCCCGAAUUCCGGUUGAGUUUCACAAUGAGUUGCUCUACAACAAUCUAGUGAUUGCAUGCUUGGAUAAGGGUGUCAUAAGGCUUUCACUUGAGUACAUGAAGAGAAUGAGGGAAUUGAGAUUUCCCAUUUCGCACUUGGUUUUCAACCGUCUCAUAAUUCUUCAUUCCUCGCCAGGGCGCAAGAAGAUGAUACCCAAGUUGCUCAUCCAAAUGAAGGCUGAUAAAGUUCCCCCACAUGUGUCCACCUACAAUAUUUUGAUGAAAAUAGAGGCCAGUGAACAUAAUCUCGAGAAUUUGUUGAAGGUCUUCUGUCGAAUGAAAGAAGCACAGGUUGAACCAAAUGAAAUAUCUUACUGUAUUUUGGCUAUUGCUCAUGCAGUGGCCAGAUUAUAUACUGCAACUGAAGCAUAUGUGGAAGCUGUGGAGAAGUCUAUUACAGGGAAUAACUGGUCAACAUUGGAUGUCCUACUUAUUUUGUAUGGGUAUCUAGGGAGCCAAAAGGAGCUGGAAAGAAUUUGGACCAUCAUUCAAGAACUCCCCUCUGUUAGAUCUAAAAGUUACAUGCUAGCCAUUGAAGCAUUUGGUAGGAUUGGACAGCUAAACAGAGCCGAAGAAAUUUGGUUAGAAAUGAAAUCAACCAAAGGAUUGAAAUCUGUAGAGCAAUUCAAUUCAAUGAUCUCUGUAUACUGCAACCAUGGAUUUGUCGACAAAGCGGCUAGACUGUACAAAAUUAUGAAGGCGAGUGGGUGUAAACCAAAUGCCAUUACUUAUCGUCAACUUGCUCUGGGCUGCUUAAGAUCUGGUAUGGCAGAGCAAGCUUUAAAGACCUUAGACUUGGGUUUGCGUUUGACAAUUAGCAAGAGGGUUAGAAAUUCAACCCCGUGGUUGGAGACCACUCUUUCAAUUAUUGAGGUUUUUGCUGAAAAAGGUGAUGUGGGAAAUGUUGAGAGAUUGUUUGAAGAAUUUCAUAAAACAAAGUAUUGCAGAUAUACUUUUGUAUAUAAUACCUUGAUUAAGGCUUAUGUAAAAGCUAAGAUUUAUGAUCCAAAUCUUUUGAAAAGAAUGAUUCUUGGGGGAGCUAGACCAGAUGCUGAAACCUACAGUCUUUUAAAAAUUGCUGAACAAUUUCGAACUUGAUUUUGGAUGACAACUUUCAGUAAGUUAUCUGUAUUUUGUUUUCUUUCUGUCUGCUACAUAUGUAUCAAUUGCGGGACAACGAGUCAAUAAGAGGCAAGAGAUAUUACGAAGCAUGUACCAUUUGUUUGCCUUUUACAACUGAUAAUGUAAAGAUGAGCAUAAUAUGUAGAUUUGAUAAAUACUGAGAUCGAAUAGGCUCAUUUAUUAUCCAAAUCUAUUAAUCAUACGGUAGAGCAUAUUACCUGGCCUUUUUUCUUACUGCUUAUGUUUCUCCAUCAUUUUACACCUUUGAUUUGCUUGACGUAUAACAGUUUCUCCUUUUGUUUAUUUUUUAAAUGUUUACCUAGUUUGAGUUAACGCUCCAAAAUCUCCAUAGCUGCUGGCCUCUGCUAAUGGUGUUGCAGUAUCUGGAUCAUAAGUGGGACAGAGACGUGGUUUUGGAGGAAAUAGCCAAGUUUCCUGAACUAACUAUGCAAUAACUGCAGUCAGAAACAGAACAACGGCGUCACAAGGUUAGCUUUUAUUUGGAAAAAGGGAAGGCCCCAAAUGUCGUCAAAGCUCUCUCAAAACGUCUGGAGAACGUGGGGUGAGAUUAUAGUUCAUAAUAAACUUAAUGGCAGAAAUUUGUCUACUUCAUUUGAAAGCUUUGCCUGCAACUUUUUUUUUGAUAGGCGGGUAAGACCCUCUGCCAUCCUUUCUCAUCUGUUAAAACAAACAACUGAUAAGUAUACAUAGAUACCUAGUUGAUUGGAUUUGUCUUGAUCUGAUAUUUUAUUGACAUGCUACAAUUUCAUUAUAUAUUUAUAUUAAUUUUUUCUCUUUUCCAGUUAGAUGUGAAAAUAAUUUAUAGCAAUGGUAUUGCUUUGGAUGUAUUAGCCCAAGCUGCUGGAAAAGGAAGGACACUUGCUUUUUUACUUGAAAAACUAAAUGUUGAUGGACUUGGAUCACGCAGCACUCUUGUUUGUGGUGAUUCUACUGUUUGUACUAUCUGCAAAUGUGAUUGUACUGUGAAAAAUGAUCUUUCAUUUCCUGAAUUUGAAGGUCAGCAAUGCACAGGAAGAAUUGCUUCAUUGGUAUACAGAAAAUGCAAGGAGCAAUCCCCAAAUAAUUCAUGCAACUGAAAGAUGUGCAGCUGGCAUUCUGCAAGCCAUUGGUGAAUUCUCUCAAGCCAACUGAAAGAAUGUGUCUCCAAGAGAUAUUGGAGAUUGCAUGUCCAGCGGGAAAGUUCUUGGUCCUAGCCAUGAAGUAGUGAUGUUCUACAUGUUUUAUGAGAGAUGGAGGUGUGGUGAAGUUGAGAAUCCUAAGCAGUAUAUGCAAAAUUUGAAAGCAGUCUUUGAAGUUUGAUCCAAUUGUAAGAUUUUACUCAGCUGCAAAUCCAUAUCUAAGCAAGGUGGACCAUGUUUUGAACCAGACACACUUGUUUCUCAUGCUUCCUAUGCUUUCAAUAGCUACUAUCAGACAAAUGGAAAUUCCGAUAUUGCAUACAAUUUUUGAGGCAUUGCUUCUUUGACCAAACGUGAUCCUAGCUAUGAAAAAUGUGUUUAUUCUACAUCUGGGUAUGUAUGAGAUCAUAGCAUAACUUACUAGUUUGAAAGAAGCUUGUAUAAAUAUUUUAUUUAAUCAUUGUUUAUAUCAUUGUUGUACUUUUUUUGGACAGUUUUUAGUUGCUUCUGCACCACCUUUGAACUAAGGAUUUUGAAAAGCAAGAUGCAUUUGUAACUGGAUUUGCUUUGCAUCAAACUGAACUAUACUAUAAUAAACUGAAAAAUAGUUUACUAAACUGCACUGUACUAUAACUUAACUAAAAAAUAGUUCAGUUCAAUUACUCUGAACUAUUAUUUAGUUCAGUUCAGUUUUCUUAAAUUGUUUUAUAAUUAACUAUAAAUUUUUAUAGUGCAGUGCAGUAUAGUGCACUUUGCCCACCCUAGUAAUACCUUUAUGACCAAUUUCUGCUGAAUGGUCCUUGCCUCCAUUCUCUACUGUCCAUGAUACAGACCUUCUCAAGCCAGAACCUCCUCUCAACCAACCACAACCUCCAUCACAAGCUUUUCCAUCUACUUACUGAUUGUUUUCAAGAAUAGAAAAUUACAGUUGGGGUGAAUUUAGUACAACUGGAUGUUUUAUUGGAGAUAACAUGAUAAUUUAUUGGGCAUUGAUCCAUUCCAAAUAAUAAAGAAAAAGGAUAAUAAUUAUAUAACAUUAUUCUUUCAUCUGAAUUAAUUUAAUUUUCGAAGUACUUUGUCAAAUUAUGUUUCAUUGCUCUUAGUGUAAUCAUGCUGGCUCUAUAUCUCGGCGAUAUAGUGGGACUGUCUAGCGCAGACAUCCCCAAGCAUCCCUCAGUGAGCAAGCCAAGGAGGUAGCCAAAAAGACAACUGGAUUUGCUAUCUCAAUGGAAAGAACACCCAUUCAGAACUCUUGCAAUAUGGAUGAGUGGGCUAACACUAGCAUUUGCUAUCUCACUAUCAUCUAACAACUGGAUUUCUUUUAUAUUGUAUUAGUGGAUGUUUAGAUGUUAUGAGCCAACAAAUAUUUUUUUUCAGUUUUAUUUAUAUAUUUAUUCAUAUUCCUUUA